UCCGAGUUUUGUUCUGGCACGUGCCAAUGCGGAAGAAUGUGAGCCACAUACGUGGACGGGAUGGAGGGCAAAGUUCAGCCACCCAUUGACUUGGUCCCGCUUUCAGGAUUGGGGCUUGGCCAGGAGGCAAUGGUUCUUCUCUUACCCGCAGGUCCUCAUUACUCAACAUGGAGGCUUCCGGGUAUCCUCAUGGAGCCAGUCCCUGACAAGACUGUCAGCCAACUGCCUCAGGACUGGCCAUCAAGCCUUGGGGAGGCACGCGCCAUCCAAAUCACAGUGCAAGGCAAGCCAAGCGACAUUCAGAAUGCCUUGCACAUUGUCUUGAGGAUGAUGGAGGAUGCAAGUGCCUUGCGGGAUGCUGCUGGCAUGCGGAGGAGUCUCGGAUUGGCGGUGCAGCUCACGCCCACGGCUCUCGCCGAGCUGCACAAACACCGUGGACAGCGUCUCAAGGCCUUGUGCCGAAACUGUCCAAGUCGCUUGAGGGCAUCCUUGGCUUUCCAGAGGCUCACUGGCACGACUGACGUGGCCAUGUCCAACUGCAUCCUGUGCCAAUCUGUUGGACUUCCAGAGGCGUUGCAUGCGGCUCUUCCGCAGGUGGGAGAUCUAUUGCGUGCUGUUGUGGCCGGCCCCGUCACUCAGCCAGAUGUGAUGCCGGCCGUGGUGGGCGACUACAGCCUGUGGGUGUGGCUUAAGAGUCUGGAUGGAGGAGCUGGCCAGCUUCUUGUCUAUUGCUCUCGUUUGAACGAGCUCUUCCAGGACAUCAGCCAGCUUCAGACCGUGCAGCGCGGGCCGAACGGAGAAAUGCCUCAUCCAGGCUUCUUCGAGGCGCUUGGCGUUCAACGUGAUGAUCAUCGCGACAUGUUUAGGCGUUGGUUCAGAGAGCGAUUCUGAAGUCUUUGAUCAAUGCGUGGCA